GCGCGGCUCUGCGGCCUGUGCGCGUCCGCCGCCCGCAGCCGUCAGCCCGCCGCCGAUCCCCGCCGCCCUUUGUCUGCGCGGCUCCUCUGAGGCGCGGGCGGAGGCGGGGAGCGGGUGCGGCCCCCGCCCGGCGGCCUCCCCCAUGGUGGGCUUCGGGGCCAACCGGAGGGGCGGCCGCCUGCCCUCCUUCCUGCUGGCCGCGCUGCUGCUCGUCAUCGCCGUCCUCGCCUUCAACUGCUGGAACGCGGCGUCCCGCCAGGCCGUGCUGCGGGAGGAGCUGGCCGAGCUGCAGAGCCAGGCCAAGCGCACCGAGGUGGCCCGGGGGCGGCUGGAGAAGCGCAACUCCGACCUGCUGGGCCGGGUGGAUUCGCACCGUAAGCAGCUGGAGCAGAAGGAGGCGGAUUACAGCCAGCUGAGCAGCCGGCUGCAGGCCAGGGACGGGCAGGUGAAGCGCUGCGAGGACAGCAGGGUGAAGCUGCAGAACAACAUAUCCUAUCAGAUGGCAGACAUACAUCGUUUGAAGGAACAACUGGCAGAAUUACGUCAGGAAUUCAUCCGCCAGGAAGAUCAGCUUCAUGAGUACAAGAAGAACAACACUUACCUUACGAGGAGGCUGGAGUACGACAGUCUGCAGUGUGGGCAGCAGAUCAAGGAAAUGAGAAUGCAACAUGAAGAAAGCAUAAAGAAAUUAAUGGACCAGAUUGUUCAGGAACAAAAGGCAACACAGAGAAUUCAGUCCAUUAAAGAUGCUGAGAUAAAUCCCAAUGGUGAUGACCAGGCAAUGUCUAAGACUGUUCCAGAGAUGGAAGUUAAAAAUGCAGAAAAUAAUGAGCUGCCUUCAGAUCGUGGUGUAAAUGGCAAAGAGAAAGUCAAACCAGGAGGAGAUGCAGGCAUGCCUGAAAUAGAAGACAAUGACCCUGCUAAAGCUGAAGAUACUCCCACUGCUAUAAAGAAGCCACUUAUGUCAGCUCCCAGAAGCGAUAAUCAUCAGUCUGUUUUAAACCCUCCAACUGAGCAGCCCCACGCUCCAAAUCUGGCACCAGGUUUGCAUGGUGACAAUGGUGGAAAUGCUGAUACUGUGAAAGAGAUACCUCCAAAUUCUCUCCAGCACUUAAAUUUUGGAGAAAAUAUGGAAAGUCAGAAUGAAAACAAAAUUGAAGCAGACCAUAUAGAUCUUCAAAAAAGCAGAGCUGUCGAAUUGCAAAAGAUGAAGCAAAGUAACGCUGUAUGCUGUGCUGUGUGCUCCUCCAUGUGCUGUGGGGUACAACUGGCAAGGCAUACCUUGACCAGCUGUUUCCAAAAACUCAUUCCAGCUGUUUAGCAUUUGGGUGACAAAGGCAAGUUUGAAGGAAAAUCAAACGUAUUGCUAAAACAUUUCUUCUCUGUUUUUACCUAAGUAAGGUGUGGAUUUUUAAUUACAUACUUAUUAUAAACUCAACUUUGAAUUUAUUUUUCACUCAGUGGUGAAGUAGCUUUCCCUUAGGAUUUGGUUUCUGGGAUCAGAAUCUAUACUUAGAGAUGGCAAAGCAUUAUGUUUGAACUAACAAUCCUCUUCUGAGUCUGAGAAGCAGUAAGGAAGGUUUCUGAAGCCUACCAAUAAACACUGUUAGUUCUGUGGGCUGGGUAAGCAGCAGUGGUUUUGUUGAAUCAGGAUGAUGAACUGGUUUAAGUGAUCGAUGAAAAGCCUUCUGGAAGCACAGAUCACCCUUGGAAUCAUGAAGCUAUGAAGGCAUUUUUUUGAGGGUUGGUGCAGGAAGUUUGCUUUGUUAAAGUUGUGGCAGUUUCUUUCCAUGGUUCAGACUUGUCUGGCACUUCUCUUACAUGGAGAAUUGGCAGGGAAAUUCUUAGCUUCUAGCAAUCGUUGAAUAGUCCUCGAAUAACAUUAAAAGUAAGUUGAAAAUAAUGUUUACAGAAAUAAAUGGAGUAUUUUUGGGGUGCUAUUGUGAAACAGAGGUUCAAUUGUAAUAGGGCCUGUGAGCUUGUAGUCAGAUCUGUGAGCUGAUAGAUGUUGGAGUAUAAUGGCACACAGGUGUACAGCUGUGUGCUUUUCUUCUCCCCCACCCCCAUGUAGCUCCCACGAGGUCAGAUGCUGCAGCCCAUCCAAGAGAUUUGGGAAGCUGUCUGGAGAUGUUUCUGAGCCUUUAACAGCUUUGAGAAAUGAAAGAAGAUAUGUCUAAAAAGUGAAAGGAAGGAGGAUUUGAGGAGUUCCAGCAGCCUAGCUUUGAUAUCCAGAAUGAAAAAUGAACAAAUUCUCAUCAGUCUGAAUAAAAUGAAGUGCUUAGCGCGGAUUUUUCAAGAACAAAUUAUGUCAGUGAUAAACGUGUACUCAGAGGAGCAAAAGCAAGAUGGGACUUAGUUGGAUACAAACUAAUGGAGACCUAAUUAGGAAUAAAUUGCUAAUUUAUGGGUACGUGACUUUAAGAAAAGAGUAUACCAGACACAGGUAGCAGUCUAAAAAAACCAAACAACCUCCUGUAAGGUUUACAGAGGUGUCUUUUCUUGGCACUGUUGCUGCGUGGUGCUGGCUGAUAACAGGAUGUAAGAGAUGUGCUUUCAGCAACGUGGAAGUUUGUAAAACAUGAAAUUAGUUUGCAGUUAAGAAUGGAAAGUCAAGUACACAGGAUAGAGUAACAAACAGAAAACAAGCAGUUCAGUAGAAAACGAUACACUCAACAGUCACUAAAAAUGUUUCCUACUAGAGUGUGUUAACAAGAAUGUCAGGUGGGAGACAAAGAUGGAGUUAUGUUCUCUGCUUUGUCUAGUGCUUGUGAGGCCAUCCUGUGGCUUUAAAUGAAUAAAAUGAAUAAAAAUGAAUAAAAAAGAAUAAAGUUUAGAAAGGUGAAGGCAGAAGGAAUUGGGUGGGGAUUAAAAUAGGAGGGGAAAAGAUCUGCAAAGAGCAGGGUGGAAUGGAUGGGGAACAGGCACCUGUUGUGCUACUGGAAACAGAUGAUAAUGAGCACAGGCUUCACUUACUUUAAUACCACUUGUGGCUCUUUCUGGUGAAAUGAGGCUAUUCAAAUAAUACUGUAAGUUACAUUAAUUCAGUAAAUAGUGUAACUCGAAAUCAACGUGCAGUUUGCUCAGUUCUUCCACUUCACGUAUCCUGAGAUGUCCAAGACUGUUUAAUUUAUCAAAUGAGCUUCUUGCAGAACCUGCGUUGUGUGAGCAGCUACAGCAGAACUGACACAGCCUCAUGUUUUAGUUCUUCACUUUUUAAAAUGGAUUGGCUCUCUGCCCUGUGAAUGGAGUAAGUGCAUGGGGGGCAGGAGCAGUGAUGGAAAUGGCUCCACUGAAGGCUGUGGGUACCUGAGAGUCAGUAAGCACUGAUCAGCCUUUGCACUUCAUCUUUUCUCUCCCUUCCAUGUGAUACCUUGCAUCAUAAUGAUGCAGCAAGGGAGAGGAUUUCUUUCUAGAUCUAGAAACCUGCAUUAGUUAUUUCUAUGAGAUUUGUUUCCUGAUUGAUCAGCAGUGGCCAUUUUGAAAGGUCCACUGGUGCUGGAGCUGCUCUCCUCUAAGCCAGGACGACUAAUUCAGCAUGCAUCUCUCACUGCAGAUGAUUGCCUGGCUGGGCUUUGAUGUCUGCCCAUCUUGUCUCAUCCCAUGAGCUGAUGCACACAAGCAACCUCUUGUUGGUUGGGCUGCCAUAUCUGCCCAGCUUCAGAAUUGUGAAGCUUCUUCCAAAAUAUGCUUUCUUUUUCCAUUUUAUUAGCACAGAUUUAAAAAGGAUUUAAAAAUUAACUUUGGUACUGGGGGUACCAACAUUGCAGUGGUAUGGUUUGAGAAGAGGCUGAUGGAAGUGCUGCAGGCACACUGUGCUCAUGCCUGGUGCCUGGGGGUGGGAAGUGGGAGUGCAGCAGAGCUGCUGCUGUGUGAAGCUGUCCUGUAAGUGCCUUAGUGUGAGCAUCAGACAGCUGCUCCAAGGGCUGCAUGAGGGUUCAGGUUAGCGAUACCCAACUAUUAUCUGAACUUCUUUUGUCAAACACUCCCUACGGCCUUUAGCAUCCACUGCAUCCUUAUGGGACGUCCCAUUGCUGUCACUUGCCUCUCCUGUUUUGUGCUCUCUCAAACAGCCCUUGCAAUGCCUGCGUUACAGAUACCAGCUCACGUCUGCAGUGAGCUGAGCAACAGCCCACGACACCACCACGUGCUGCUGGGACAGAUUCCAGGCAGUACUGCUGCUCAUGUCUGGUUCAGGAGGCAGCUGGUGCCUUGCUGGCUCUCGUUCUGCUGGCCCAGCUCUCGGUGCCCCAGGAGCGUGUGUGAAUGCCUUGUGUCAGAGCUGAUGCCCUCCUGGGCAGGGAGUCACCUGCUGCCUCCAUCCCUCACACCUGGCUCUGCACACACAGUCAGUGGGGUGCUGGGUUCCCUGAGGCCUUCCUGAUGUUUUAACUUUUCCUUCCGUCAGCUUACUCUUGUCGUAGCAUUUCUGCACAUCUGCAGCCCUGUUUUUUUUUCUGUAAGUUAAUCACAUUCAGUUUUUCUCAUACCUAACUUUAUAUUUAAUGUGCAAAUUGUACAGUUAUUUGUAGAAGGCAGCGUCCAAAAAUAAAGUCAACGUUCACAAGGAUUACUGAAUUACAGAGGUGAAUAGAGAGUGACCAACAAAUCAAACCUCUGAUGUACAAACAGAUCAUAGACACCAGUUUCUGUACAUGUGAGGGGCACUGCUGUCAUCCUUCUGCUUUUCAAGCACUGUUACUGUUUCUGCUCUGAAUUUUAUAUACUGCCACAUACCAGUUUUCACUGUUUUAAGAGAAAAAUUCAUUUUCUCAUCUGUCCAUUGUGACCCAAACACUUUUUUAAUCCUAAUGUUGAAAUCAUAUCUUCAGUUUUACUUCUGUGUUUGUUUCCAACAUGGAUCACUUAACAUCUGCCUUGGCAGGCCUUUUUCUUGGUUUGUUUCCAGUCUGAAAUGAUUGCACUGCACUUUGAUCCCAUUCUCCUUUUAUACACAGUCUCCAGACCUGUGCUCUUGGUUAGUGUUGCUUUCUUUAAGCCAUGGACAAGAAGACUGAAUUCUGUGGUCUUGACUAUUUCUCCUUUUCCCUCAUUACAUACCAGGUCUGAACUUGACGUUGCACCAUGAAUCUUUCACUGUGUGCUCGUUUGUAGUCGUUUUAUAGUUGCAGCUAAUUAUUUUUGUUUUUUGUUUGUUGUUGAAACAGUUGUUUGUGUGGAACAGUUCUUAAUUCUUUGCUGUGAGACAAAAGACUGCAGUUGGAACAUUUUGGAAACGUAAAGCUCAGCAGAAAACCUGAAUGUUACCCAGAUCAAUUAGGUGGUUUGAAAAAAAUCGGUGUAGAGUGUGAGGCAGAUCUUUGUGAGAUUGGUACCCUUGGCAGCGUGGUAUCCAUGCUGUAAGCUUCACUUCCAUGUACAAAGUCAGCAAUGUUUUGCUCCAUUUUUUUGGUUUAGGAAAAUGUCUGGGUACAAAAAUUUUCACUCUGUGCUCUUCAGCACUUUACAAAAGGAGAGCAGUGGAGCUUUUUGUUUGGAUGCUUCCCCCUGCUCUUUUCUACAAAGCAAAGCCCACAGCAGGCAGAUCUCAAACCCCAGUUCAGAGCCAUCAAGGACAUCCUGUCUCCAUGGAGGUGUUCCUAAGCAGCACUGUUGUCCCUCCUGCCCAUGCACUCUCCCUUCUACUCCCUUCUUCCUCCAGUCAAAGCUGCUACAGAAACCUGAAUAUCCUAACCUGCGGGCUGCUUUCAUUUAGAAUCUUCUUGUUUCUUUCCUCUCUGCUUCUGACUUAAUCCUUUGCCUACU